AUGAAGAAGGUCAAGAAGAAAAAGUCCACACCCAGGCGCCGCCGGGACUCCACCUCUCCACAGGCCAGCUCAGACUCCAUGCAGCAGCCCAGCUCUGACUCCGCACAGCAGCCCGGCUCCAAGGCCACCCAGAUACAGUCUUGCCUCGAGUCCACCCCUCGGCAGCAGCCCUGCCCUAGAUCUACCCCACAGCAGCCCAUACCCCGAGCUCUCCCGCUCUCCGAAACCUACUACUCUUCUCGGAGCCUGUUACCUUCAAAGGCUGACCCCUCCACCACCCCGCCACUCAGGAAAACAGGCCCUUUGAUCCACAUGAGCCCCCUCUCCUGCUCCUGUGUCACCUGUGCCACCUGCCCUGGCAGCUCUACUUGCUGGCGCCGUCUGGGGCUGUGCCACAGCCGCAUCUUCGACGUCCUUCUGCCUCGGAACUGUCCAGCCAUGACAGGGAGAGGAUUACCAGGCCUACUCACCUUCUACAGAAAACCUUCAAGGAAACCCUCCACUACUAGUAACUCACGUGCUCCAGAUCCUCAGGACUGUUGCUGUGGCCCUCGGAGCUCUGGGAGCUGCCUACUACAUCGCUGA